AUUCAUCACAGACAAGAUAUUCCGCUAUAAGUAACCUCAGGUCUUGAAUUCUCUGCUUCAUCUCUGCGUGGCAGUAUUCUGAAACAAUAUCAAACGCUAAACAAAAAUACAAUGAAGUUCUCCGUAGUAUUUAUUUGCAUACUGCAGUUGAUACUAGUCAGAUCACAGAAUAAUGACGGCUCACUGGAAGCAGAACCAGUGGCAGCAGGACCAGUGGAAGGAGCUGAAAACGUAGAUAGGGCAGAUGAAGAAUCACCGGCAGACGACGAAGAGGACGGAGAUCCAAACGUAAAUAAUGAUAACAAAGUGGCUGAAGCCAUUGCAGAGACUACAACUAUGGGUGAAACCACUCCAGAGACUACAACUAUGAGUGAAACUACUCCAGAGACUACAACUAUGGGUGAAACCACUCCUGAGACUACAGCUAUGGGUGAAACCACUCCAGAGACUACAACUAUGAGUGAAACUACUCCAGAGACUACAACUAUGGGUGAAACCACUCCAGAGACUACAACUAUGAGUGAAACCACUCCAGAGACUACAACUAUGAGUAAAACCACUCCAGAGACUACAACUAUGGGUGGAACCACUCCAGAGACUGCAACUAUGGGUGAAACCAAUCCAGGGACUACAACUAUGGGUGAAACCACUCCUGAGACUACCACUAUGAGUGGAACCACUUCUGAAGGUGCAGCUAAGACUACAGUGACAACUUCUACGAUGGAUACUUCUACUUCAACGCGUAAACCUGAUGACUCAAAAGGCAAAGGCGGUAUGGGAACAGGAAUAAUUGUGGCAAUUGUAUUCGGCUGUCUCGCAGGAGUUGCAGUUAUUGGUGCAAUAAUCUACUUUGUUCUACAAUAACUUUUGCCCAGAUAAUGUGCGAUGUUUCGAAUUUUGUCCCAUAAUAAUAAUGGUUGAUGACUUAUGUAUUUUAUUUUGUAAUAUUUUCAUUGACACUUGAUUAGCUUUGGAUAAAGCAGAUUUCUGUUUUCUGAGACAACUUGUUAUUUCAGUGCACACAUUAUUAGUUUUACUUCUGUAGAAUCGUUAUUAGUAAAUGUAAUACAAACUUAUCACAUUUUUUCUUGACCUAAUGGCUUUCAAUGAUUUUGAUGGUUGCCUUCGCCAUGGUGAGACGGUAUACACAGUAACGAGUGCAAAGUAGGAUGGAAUAAACUUUGGCCGAAUAAAGAGUAUCGUGGCUGGUUUAAAAUGUCGACUGACUUCCUAAUUAUCGGUUGAUGUGUAGGAGGAAAAGUAGGAAAUAUGGAACAGUGAUGGAGAUGUUAUUGGUAGUAUUGACAGAUUAGGAUAGGUGUCCAUUACUCUGAAAUUAAUGUGGUGAUUUUCAGUUAUCAGG